CCGAGCGCCAUGCCAGGUCCUGUCCUCAAAGGCCAGGUGCUGUUGCUGCCCCUGCUGUUGCUGCUGGGACCACAGGCCUCCUGGGGCCUGGUCAUCACACCUCCAGGGCCAGAGCUUGUCCUCAAUAUCUCCAGCACCUUCGUUCUGACCUGUUCGGGUGCAGCUCCGGUGGUGUGGGAACGGAUGUCCCAGAAGCCCCUGCAGAAAACAGCCAAGAACCAGGAUGGCACCUUCUCCAGCACACUGACACUGACCAAUGUCACUGGGCUAGACACGGGAGAAUACUUUUGCACCUACAAAAACUCCCUCGGGCCGGAGCCUGCUGAGCGAAAACGGCUCUACAUCUUUGUGCCAGAUCCGACUAUGGGCUUUCUUCCGGUCUUCCCCGAGGACCUGUUCAUCUUUCUCACGGAAAUAUCUGAGAUCACAAUUCCCUGCCGAGUGACGGAUCCGAGCCUGGUGGUGACACUGCACGAGAAGAAAGUGGAUAUUCCACUGCCCAUCCCCUAUGACCACCAACGUGGCUUCUCUGGUAUCUUCGAGGACAAGACCUAUGUCUGCAAAACCAUCAUCGGGGACAGGGAAGUGGAUUCUGAAGCCUACUAUGUCUACAGUCUCCAGGUGUCGUCCAUCAAUGUCUCAGUGAAUGCAGUGCAGACUGUGGUCCGCCAGGGUGAGAACAUCACCAUCAUGUGCAUUGUGACCGGAAAUGAGGUGGUCAACUUUGAAUGGACAUACCCACGCAUGGAGAGUGGGCGGCUGGUGGAGCCAGUGACUGACUUCCUCUUCAAUGUACCCUCCCACAUACGCUCCAUCCUGCACAUCCCUAAUGCUGAGCUUGGCGAUUCAGGGACCUACAUCUGCAAUGUAUCGGAGAGUGUGAAUGACCAUCGAGAUGAAAAGUCCAUCAAUGUCACUGUGGUUGAGAGUGGCUACGUGCAGCUGCUGGGAGAGCUGGACGCCGUACAAUUCGCGGAGCUGCACCGCAGCCGGACUCUGCGGGUGGUGUUCGAGGCCUACCCGCCGCCUACUGUCAUGUGGCUCAAGGACAACCGCACGCUAGGCGACUCCAGCGCAGGCGAGAUUGCCCUAUCCACACGCAAUGUGUCUGAGACCCGGUAUGUGUCAGAACUGACAUUGGUGCGGGUGAAGGUGGCUGAGGCUGGCUACUACACCAUGCGGGCCUUCCACGAGGAUGCAGAGGCCCAGAUCUCCUUCCAGCUGCAGGUCAAUGUGCCUGUCCGUGUGCUGGAGCUGAGUGAAAACCAUCCUGCCAGCGGGGAGCAGACAGUCCGCUGUCGCGGCCGGGGCAUGCCCCAGCCACACCUCACCUGGUCUACCUGCAGUGACCUCAAAAGAUGUCCGCGCGAGCUGCCGCCCACCCCACUGGGGAACAGUUCCGAGGAGGACAGCCAGCUGGAGACUAACGUGACUUACUGGCCUGAGGAUCAGGAGUUCGAGGUGGUGAGCACGCUCCGCCUGCGCCGUGUGGAUCAGCCUCUGUCCGUGCGCUGCACUCUGCACAACCUGCUGGGCCACGACAUGCAGGAGGUCACCGUGGUGCCACAUUCUCUGCCCUUCAAGGUGGUGGUGAUCUCGGCCAUCUUGGCCUUGGUGGUCCUCACAAUCAUCUCCCUCAUCAUCCUCAUCAUGCUCUGGCAGAAGAAGCCACGUUAUGAGAUCCGAUGGAAGGUGAUUGAAUCUGUGAGCUCUGAUGGCCAUGAGUACAUCUACGUGGACCCUAUGCAGCUGCCCUAUGACUCUACCUGGGAGCUGCCACGGGACCAGCUUGUGCUUGGACGCACCCUCGGCUCUGGGGCCUUUGGGCAGGUGGUGGAGGCCACAGCUCACGGCCUGAGCCAUUCUCAGGCCACGAUGAAAGUGGCGGUCAAGAUGCUGAAAUCCACAGCCCGCAGCAGCGAGAAGCAGGCCCUCAUGUCAGAGCUGAAGAUCAUGAGUCACCUUGGGCCCCAUCUGAACGUGGUCAACUUGCUGGGGGCCUGCACCAAAGGAGGACCCAUCUACAUCAUCACGGAGUACUGCCGCUACGGUGACCUGGUGGACUACCUUCACCGCAACAAGCACACCUUCCUGCAGCGCUGCUCCGACAAGCGCCGCCCGCCCAGCGCCGAGCUCUACAGCAACGCCCUGCCCACGGGGCUCCCUCUGCCCAGCCACGUGUCCCUGCCUGGGGAGAGUGACGGCGGCUACAUGGACAUGAGCAAGGACGAGUCGGUGGACUACGUGCCCAUGCUGGACAUGAAAGGAGGAAUCAAAUAUGCAGACAUUGAGUCCUCCAGCUACGUGGCCCCUUAUGACAACUACGUCCCCACAGCUCCCGAGAGGACCUGUCGGGCAACUCUGAUCAACGAGUCCCCGGUGCUUAGCUACACAGAUCUUGUGGGCUUCAGCUACCAGGUGGCCAAUGGCAUGGAGUUCCUGGCCUCCAAGAACUGCGUCCACCGAGAUCUGGCAGCCAGGAACGUGCUCAUCUGUGAGGGCAAGCUGGUCAAGAUCUGUGACUUUGGCCUGGCUCGUGACAUCAUGAGGGACUCGAACUAUAUCUCCAAAGGCAGCACCUUCCUGCCUCUGAAGUGGAUGGCUCCCGAGAGCAUCUUCAACAGCCUCUAUACCACCCUGAGUGAUGUGUGGUCCUUCGGGAUCCUACUCUGGGAGAUCUUCACCCUGGGUGGCACCCCUUACCCAGAGCUGCCCAUGAACGAGCAGUUCUAUAAUGCCAUCAAGCGGGGUUACCGAAUGGCCCAGCCUGCCCAUGCCUCCGAUGAGAUCUACGAGAUCAUGCAGAAGUGCUGGGAAGAGAAGUUUGAGAUCCGGCCUCCCUUCUCCCAGCUGGUGCUGCUUCUCGAGAGGCUGCUGGGUGAGGGGUACAAGAAGAAGUACCAGCAGGUGGAUGAGGAGUUUCUGAGGAGCGACCACCCAGCCGUCCUUCGGUCCCAAGCCCGCUUUCCCGGCUUCAAUGGACUCCGAUCCCCCCUGGACACCAGCUCUGUGCUCUACACUGCUGUGCAGCCCAACGAGAGUGACAAUGACUAUAUCAUCCCCCUGCCUGACCCCAAGCCCGAGAUUGCUGAUGAAGGCCCCCUGGAGGGUUCCCCCAGCCUUGCCAGCUCCACCCUGAAUGAAGUCAACACCUCCUCUACCAUCUCCUGCGACAGCCCCCUGGAACCCCAAGAGGAGCCAGAGCCAGAACCCCAGCUCGAGCCCCAGGUGGAGCCAGAGCCACCACUGGAUUCAUGUUGCCCUGGGCCUCGGGCCGAGGCGGAGGACAGCUUCCUGUAG